AUUUGUGUUCACUGUCAGGCUAGCAGCCGAGGAGCUAGCCUCUCACAAAACCGCUGCCAAACUAUCUCACCUUUUUGUCUUUUUUUCCGUCUUUGCUUUGUCUUUUUGUUUCUACACAGUCUGUAAAGAUCAAGGGCAUUUUUUCUUCCCGUUUUUGGUGCAGGAAUAAAAUGGUGGUCUUGACAAAUAAUGACGAACAGGAUUACAUCCUGAUAGAGGAGCGUAAAUGCAGCUCCCUGCCCAACUCUCCAGCCAAGCGAGUGUCUCCCACCAAAAAGAAGCAGUUCUAUAUCAACCAAGCCAUCCGCAACUCUGACCUCACUCCUCGAGCCAAGGGCAAGAAGAGCCUUCGCCGACUGGAGAACACACGCUAUCUUGCUAAUCUUCUUGAGAGGGAUGAGUGCACCAUAGAUGAUCUGGAAGUUUGCAGUAACCCAGCAAUCCCAUCCUGCUUCACUGAAGCCUGCACCAACGAAAACUACAUAAAGCCAUGGAAUGAUUUCAUGAAUUGCUCAGGUGAGGAGCAGGAGAGGCUGCUGUCUCUGCUGGAGCUGGAAGGUGCCAAGAAGAAAAACACCAGCAAUCCGCUCAAAGACGAGAGGAAUGUAAAUCCUGCCUUCAGUGCUCACUGCUUCCAGAGAAUCGAUCGCAGACUGCGAGCGACUCUCAAACGGAAACAGAUCCCCAUGGGAACUCUGGAAAUACUUGAGGAAAACCUUUUGAGGUUCUUCAUCGCUCAGCCGAAUUCUGUUUACACAACCAACCUAGGCAGCAGCUUUGAGAGACUGCUGCUUCACGCCGUCUGCCAGUACAUGGACCUCGUCUCUGCAAGCAGCGACUACAAAGGGUCACGCCAGACUGAAGUGGUGAACAAGCAAGAAGAGUUCCUGCCUCCUGGUCUCCUGUUGUCUGCACACUUGGAGCAGAUGAGCUGAGCCAUGUUUUCUCAGCACAGCUCUGCCGCAGCCAGGCGCUCCGACAGGUGUAGAUAAAUCUGUUCGUUCGGAUAAUGUCCGUCUAGAUCCUUCCUUCCUUUUCCCUCUGUCUGGUGGUUGAUUUCUGUAUCCAUAAAUACGUAAAAGUGUAUUGCCGCCUGAAUGUAGAUGGAUAUACAUGUCUAAUGUCACAUCCUUAACAAUAGCAUGUUAGCAUGCUAACUGUUGGCGUGUGAGUAUACCUCAGAUAGAAUUCAGCUCAAAGCCUAGCUAAGCCUGAGUACAUGAGGGUGACAUAGUAACAUUUACCUUGCCGUGUGAUUUCAUCCUCAGGCAAAAUGCUUUAAUUACUGCCAAACAGAAAAUAGUCUAUGUUUUCAAAGCAGUUUUUCAUUCAACCAAAAAUGUUGUUCUAGUGUUUUUAUUCUUGGGAUCAAUUAAUUAACAUAAUAAUGUUAUAAGGAUUGUUCAUUCUUAAUUUUAAGAAUAUUCUAACCUCACAACCUGAUUUUCGAUCUGGAAUUCACAAUUAGGAAUUACAUUAUACAAACAAAUUAUACUUCAUUCAAUUUUCUAAAGAACAAAUGUCAACAGUUGUCUAAAUCAUUUAGAUAAGCAUUAAAAUGUAUUUAUGAGUUGUAAAUUAAAGCAACAGUUGAUCUAUCCUGUCCAUUUUCAUAGUGCAAAUGAUAGAAUUUAGAAACUCAUGUUAAAAAAAACGUACUUUCGAAGCACAAAUUCAGAACAGUACAUAAUGACAAUAUCAACCUAAAAAAGAAUGGAAGAAGUACUUAAAUAACGGACUUGUAUCAAAUGUAUCCUUGCAGCUCUGUUCAGGCUGCAAGGAGUCAGUGGUGACAUUUUGCAAAGGUGCUAAAAAUGGAGGAAUGCAUCAGGAAAUAUAUCGCUGCCUGAAGAGUCAUCCUGUAGGAUUAAUGUCAGUGGCGAGGUGUGAAGCAUGAAUAUUUAUAAUACAUUAUAUGCACAGACACUUCAUUCAUCAUCGUAGGAAGUCAAUUGUUGGCUUGGAAACUAAUUCUUAAGGUUCUUCUUCUCUUAAGGUACAAAUUCCUGGAUAUUUCUUUCAUUUUCUCUUUCUCUUCUGGCUUUGUCAAGUCUUAUCACCUCGGAUACACAGACAUCAGGAACGUUUCUUCCCCACUACACACUGAAGUACAUGAUUGUAUAUAUAGUAUGGCAGCACUGUGGCUGAACAGGUUGCUCAUGUGCUGCUUUCAGUGCACACUGGUGUAGACGAGGUGUAAGUGUUGUAUCAGUCAAUAAUCAAAAAUGAGUAACGGAACUUUGCUAUAGUCAUAAACUGCCUAUGCCUGUACAUUUAGGCUUUCUUGCUACAUGCACAAUGCUCACUCAGUUUACUCUCAACACACAAGUAUUAAAAGUAUCUUUUUGUCACAUCAUCAUGUAAUAUGGUUAUUACAGUUUCAAGUAUAAUGUACACUGUCCACUAGAUGUGUUACACAGGUAGAAAUAAAACCAUGUUACGUUUUUUUGAUGGUAAAAGCCUGCAGAGUGUUGACUCUGUAUGUACAUUAACUCUUACAACAGCACUUCUGCCUUAUGAAUACAAGUUUCUAGGUUUUUUUCUACAUUUGUACUGGACUGGAUUUUGGAAACAAUGUGUAAAAAACUUGACAUGGUGCAUUUUGUUGACAACCAAAGUUUGUGUGUUUGUGUGCGUUGGAAUGACAUUUCUCAGGCUCUAAACUUCUCUCUCUGAAUGUCACGUAGUUCAUCUCACUUAGUGUCAUUUUCUGUGUACUGUAGGCUUCCUUCAACAUGCACUUGUUUUGGUCAUGUUCAGCCCAACAUCACGGGGCGAUGCCAACCUUUUAAGUAGUUGUGCCUUUAAUAAAUGAACUCAGAUGAAUAACAUGUGCCAACAUUUGGAGAAGCCUAAAAUAUUCAGCUUUAUAUACUAGUCUUAAACAUCUUUGUGUAUUUAAGUGUGUGUGUGUGUGUGUGUGUGUGUGUGUGUGUGUCGCGCGCUACAACAAUUAUUUAUAGUUAUCUCUGCAUCUAUUAAAAGGAUUUCAGAUA